AUGGAUACUAUUUCUACAGUUUGGGCUCUGGAUACCGUGGAAAGCGCCAAUGACUAUUUGGGCAGCAAUCCAGACACCCCUCUACGUCUACACAACUUUAUCGACAACCAGUUCUUUACACAUUUGGAACAGGGUCAAUGGAUUGAGUCUUUCAAUCCUUGCUCUGGUGACGUUUUGGCGCAUGUCCCUCGCAGUACGCCAGCUGAUGUAGAGCGCGCGGUGGAUGCUGCAGCGAGAGCAUUCCCAUCUUGGUCGCAAACUUCGCGGACGGAGAGGUCAAAUAUCCUGCUGCAGGUUGCUGUCAUCUUGAGCGAGAACAAGGAGCUCUUUGCGGUUUGGGAGAGCAUCGAUCAGGGAAAGACACUAUCUCGGGCUCGAGUUGAGGUUGACCGUGCUAUUUCGAAUUUCCGAUAUUUUGCAACAUAUAUCCUUCAUGACGAGGGCGCGGUGCGCUUUGCCGAUGGCCAGGGGUCCUCUACCCUAACAUACGAACACAGAUCAGCUGUCGGUGUGUUUGCGCUUAUCUCGCCAUGGAACAUGCCCCUUUAUCUCCUGACAUGGAAAAUCGCACCCUGUCUCGCAUUUGGCUGUACCGGCGUAGCGAAACCAAGCGAGGUAACCAGCGUGACUGCCUUUUUACUGGGUGAAGCUUUCAAGCGUGCUGGACUGCCGUCUGGCGUCAUGAAUAUUGUUUUUGGUGAUGGUCCCGGUGCAGGUUCAGCGCUCGUGAAGUCGCCCCGUGUACGCGGAGUGUCGUUUACAGGAAGCACAAGCACAGGAAUCCGCAUCCGACAGGACACUGCGAGUGAUAUAGGCAAGCAUUUGUCUCUUGAGCUCGGCGGGAAGAAUCCAACGCUGGUCUUCGAUGAUGUCGACUUGGCUCACGCGGUGCCUCUGGCUGCCCGUGCUGCUUUUGAGAACAGCGGCCAGAUCUGCUUAUGUGGUUCGCGUAUCUACGUCCACCAAGCUAUUUAUGUAGACUUCCUGGCUGCGCUUGUGGACCAUGUUCAAACGUACUACGUGUGUGGUGAAACGGUUGGGCCUGUUGUCUCGCUGCAGCAUUAUGCUAAGGUUCGGUCCUAUUUGUUGCAGGCACAGGAGAAAAUGGCAACCUUCCACACUGGAGAAGUGCCUGAUAUGGUUCCACAGCAUGGCUUCUGGAUCACUCCGACGAUUCUCGGUCGUGUUGGGGCUGAUAGUUGCAUUAUGCGAGAAGAGAUAUUUGGGCCCGUUGUCACUGUCGCUCCCUUCAGGACCGAACAAGAGGCGAUUUCAUUGGCAAAUGACAACCCUAACGGCCUGGCCAGCGUCCUCUUGACUAACGAUCUCUCGCGGAUGCGCCGAGUUGGAGAACGGAUUGAUGCCGGCCUGGUCUGGGUGAACUGCUGGCUGGUGCGUGAACUGGGCACAGCAUUCGGAGGCAUGAAGGCAUCUGGCAUGGGGCGAGAGGGAGGCGCCCACAGUCGUGAUGUCUUUACCAAUGUCCGUACUCUCCAUAUGUAG